UUGUUGUUUCUGCGCCUCCCUCCAGGGACCCUCUCUGGGAAGGAGCCCCAUGAGGGCAGGAGAGCGAUGGAGACUACACCCAGCUUUCUGAGGGACGCCCCGGCCUGGGAGAAGACGGCCCCUGAGAACGGCCCCGUGGGACAAGAGCCAGGUCCCCCACUGCCCCAUGGGGCACUGUGUCUGGGGGAGCCUGCCCCCUUCUGGAGGGGCAUCCUGAGCACCCCGGACUCCUGGCUGCCCACUGGCUUCCCCCAGGGCCCCAAGGACACGCUGCCCCUGGCAGAGGGUGAAGACCUCCACGGUCGGGAGAGGAAAGCUAGCUGGCUGGGCGCCAAGGAAGGCCUGCGCUGGAAAGAGGCCGCGCUCACCCACCCGCUGGCCUUCUGCGGGCCGGUGUGCCCACCUCACUACAGCCCCUUGAUUCCUGAGCAGGCUGCGGCCACAGCUGGCGCCACCAGUCAGCUGAAGAGUGACCCCUUGGCCUUCCGGCCCUUGCACUGCCCCUUCCUCCUGGAGACCAAGUUCCUGGAGCGAGCUCCCUUCUGGGUGCCCACCUGCUUGCCACCUUAUCUGGUGUCUGGCCUGCCCCCAGAGCGCCCGUGUGACUGGCCUCUGGCCUCACACCCCUGGCUCUACACUGGAGCCCAGCCCAAAGUGCCCUCUGCCUUCAGCUUGGGCAGCAAGGGCCUUUACCACAAGGAUCCGAGCACGCUCAGGCUAGCCAAGGAGCCCUCAGCAGCUGCGGAGCCUGGCUUGCUGGGUUUGACCCCUGCUGGCCGUCUCCUGAGAGCCGGGGAAGGGGAGCGGCCAGAGCCCUGCCCAAGGAAUGGCGAGACGGGAGCCGGAAGGCACCAGAAUCCAGGCCCGCUUUUCCUGGGGCACACCGACACCAUGCCCCGGCCGCUCUGGCCCCCUUGUCCUCCAGGCCUAGGCCUGGUUCAUACCUUCAGCAAUGUCUGGCCCGUGCCAGGAGGUGGGAGCCUCGGAUACCAGCUGGCAUCACCAGCCAUACCUAGGUGCCCCUCUCCUGGAGCUCCUAACACCCAGGGUGGCUGCUGCCCAUCCCAGCCACCUGAUAGAGAUGAGGGACUCAGCCCAUGUGGAAAAUGCCAGGAGGGCCUGGAUGGGAGUCCCAGUGAAGCAGGGGACUCCAGCGAAGAAGCCUUCAAGGCCAGGGGCCCCAGGGCCUGCCCCCCUAGCCACCACACCAAGCUGAAGAAGACAUGGCUCACGCGACACUCUGAGCAAUUUGGGUGCCCAGGGGACUGCCCUGGGAACCAGGAGGGCCCAGCAGCUGGGUUCAGGAACCUCAAGAGGGCAGGCAGCCCUGAAGGGCAGGGAGCCACAGGCAGCCCUGCUCCCAAGCGCCCACCUGACACUGCGUCGGGCGUCACAGGCCAGGGCCCUAAAGGCUGGCAGGAAUUGCUGGGUGCGUCAGCAGGUGACCAAGCAGAAGCAGAAAGAAGACCGCGUGCUGAUCAGAGAGGACCCCAGGAUGGCAGGGCUGGCCCCCAGGAUCCAGCUCUUCCAGCUGGCAUUGCUCAGUGCCACAAGUGUGCCCAGGCAGCCGGAGAGGGGGCGGGGCUGAGCUGCCACUCACAGCAAGUACAUAGACUGCCUUUGGCAGGGGAGCGGCGGCAGCAAAAACACCAGGAGGAAGAGUGGGUCCCCAGCUCCGAGGAGGGAAGGGCAGCAGCCGACACAGAGAACAGCACCCACCUUGGCCUUGCCAAGCACCUGUUGAGCGGUUUGGGUGACCGACUGUGCCGCCUGCUGCGGAGGGAGCGAGAGGCCUUGGCCUGGGCACAGCGUGAAGGCCAGGGGCCAACUGUGAGCGAGGACAAGCCGGACAGUGCUCGCUGCUGUAGCCGUUGCCACCAUGGACUGUUCAACACCCACUGGAGAUGCCCCCGUUGCAGCCACCGGCUGUGUGUGGCCUGUGGCCGCAUGGCGGGCGCUGGGAGGACCAGGGAGAAAGCAGGAUCUCAGGAACAGACCUUGGAGCCAUGUGCCCAGGAGGCCGGGCACCCUGCCUGCUCUCUGAUGCUGACCCAGUUUGUCUCCAGCCAGGCUUUGGCGGAACUGAGCGCCGCGAUGCACCAAGUCUGGGUCAAGUUUGACAUCCGGGGACAUUGCCUCUGCCAAGCUGAUGCCUGGGUGUGGGCCCCUGGGAACGGAGGCCAGCAGAAGGAGCUGCCAGAGAAAACUGUGCCAACGUCACAACCCUCCUGCAACGGAGACACCCACAAGACCAAGGACAUCAAAGAGGAGACCCCAGAUUCGACCGAGAACUCUGCAGAGGACGGCGCAAGUGGAGGGCCGCUGCCUUGUCCCUCCCUCUGCGAACUGCUGGCGUCCACCGCUGUCAAACUCUGCCUGGGACAUGAGCGAAUCCACAUGGCUUUCGCGCCUGUCACCCCGGCCCUGCCCAGCGAUGACCGUAUCACCAACAUCUUGGACAGUAUCAUCGCGCAGGUGGUGGAGCGCAAGAUCCAAGAGAAGGCCCUGAGGCCAGGAUUGCGCAAGGGCCUGAGCCUGCCCCUGUCCCCCGGGCGGCCUAGGCUGCCUCACCAUGGGGCUCUACUGUGGCUGCAGGAGCCCAGGCCGGGGCGGAGCCUCCACCUGUUCCAAGAGCACUGGCGCCAGGGCCAGCCCGUGUUAGUGUCAGGGAUCCAGAGGACACUGCGAGGCGACCUGUGGACAAGGGAAGCCCUUGGGGCGCUGGGGGGCCAGGUGCAGGCGCUCACCCCGCUGGGGCCUCCCCAGCCCAGCAGCCUGAGCAGCACAGCCUUCUGGGAUGGAUUUUCCCGGCCUGAGACUUCAGGUCGCGCUUCCAAGUCAGACGAAGGCUCUGUCCUCCUGUUGCGCCGAGCUCUGGGGGACCAAGACACCAGCAGGGCAGAGAACCUGGCUGCCAGCCUACCUCUCCCAGAGUACUGUGCACGCCAUGGAAAACUCAACCUGGCUACCUACCUCCCGCCAGGCCCUUCCCUGCAGCCACUGGAACCCACACUCUGGGCAUCCUAUGGCGUAAGCCCACACCGUGGACACCUGGGGACCAAAAACCUGUGUGUGGAAGUGGCCGACCUGGUCAGCGUCCUGGUGCACGCAGAGGGUCCGCUGCCUGCCUGGCACCGGGCACAGAGAGAUGUCCUGUCGGGCCUGGAUGGGGAGGGGCUGUGGUCUCCGGGCAGCCAGGUCAGCAUCGUGUGGCAUGUGUUCCGGGCACAGGACGCCCAGCGCAUCCGCCGCUUUCUGCAGAUGGUAUGUCCUGCCCGGGCGGCAGGCACCCUGGAGCCCGGCGCACCAGGCAGCUACUAUCUGGAUGCGGGGCUACGGCGGCGCCUACGGGAGGAAUGGGGUGUGAGCUGCUGGACCCUGCUGCAGGCCCCCGGAGAGGCUGUGCUGGUGCCCGCGGGAGCGCCCCACCAGGUGCAAGGCCUGGUCAGCACGGUCAGUGUCACCCAGCACUUCCUGUCCCCUGAGACCUGCACCCUCUCUGCUCAGCUCUGCCACCAGGGACCCAGCCUGCCUGCCGACCACCGCCUGCUUUUUGCUCAGAUGGACUGGGCUGUGUUCCAAGCAGUGAAGGUGGCUGUGGCGACGUUACAGGAGACUAAAAAAUAGGGGGCCCCUGGGUGUUGGAGGUGACAAGGGGUGGGGGACGAGAGCAGGUGGUGCCUCUGGAGGGAGGCACUGGGGAGCUUGGGGUUUUGAGUCCAUCUCACAAGCGCCACUCUGGGCAACAGGAAGGCAUACUGGUACUCGCUGGUGCCUGCCUAGGUCCCAAGGCCGCCAGAGCGAUGCCUGCCCCACCCAAGCUCUCCCUAAUCCACGGGGUACCAAGCCCACAUUGGAGGCAACUGCCUCCUUGCAACUCGCCCCCCUCGUGGCCCCCAACAUCCCUGGAGACAACAGCCCUCCCAUCAGGGGGACUUGGAAAUCAUUCUGGCUUAAGCAACUCUGACUUCCGCUGCCUCCCAUACUGCUGUUCCUGAACACUUCAGUUCCAGUCGAACACCUGCCCUUCUGGCCGGAGGAGGCUGCCAGCCUGGGGGAAGGCUGGCUGGCUGGCUGGGGUGGGAGGGGACAUGGGCAAUGCUACUCUGCCGUGCCCCCUUCUCCUUGCUUCCCCAUGAUAUCCGUUAAAGCCUGUGUCCUGACCGCCACUGCCACCAUGAGGUUGCCCAGCUCCUGUAGGCUUUGUGGUCUGGGGGAGGGGGAGGCUAUGGGAACUAGACCCUUCAACUGCUCCUCUUCCUGGCACCCCUCCCACUAAGGAGCAGACAGAGCCCCUGGGGGUGGGGGUGGGGAUGCUUGCUGAAGAUGCUUUGGAGGAAGAGUCCUGGACCAACAGCAAGGUGGCCUGCCUCGUUCUGUCCCAGCAGCAGAUUCCCAGGGCUCCAUCCUGACUUGGAGAGAGCCAGGCCUGGGGCCCCGGGAGAGCCCAGGUCCAGCUCCUUCUGUUCUGGGUGGCCACGGCCACUGUCAGGUUCAGCCUGCCCAGUACGGAGCUUUAAUCACACGCUCCCCACCUCCUCCCCACGGUCCAUCCAGCCUUCCUUCUGGUGUAGCUCUGCCCACCCCGCUCCCUUCCCGGUGUAUCUCAGGCCCCAGACAUGGUCCAGCUCUUGUUAUAUCCAAUUUUUCCUGCUGUGGUUUGGGGAAUU